AUGUCUGUUUAUCUGCCCAAUGGCAAUAGCAGCAUUGGUAGUGGCAGUAGUGGUGGAAGUCGUCACUACAAUGGUCUGAAGGCAAAUGGCGGGAGUGGAGGCAGAAAGAACAAAACAAAUGGAGCGAAAAAUGCCGCCGUUGCAGCUUCAAAGAAAGCCCACCUGUCUGACUACUCCAUCAACUCUAUUCUCUCAAAGAACUGCAAACAGCAGCAGCAAAGUUCUCCUUUUAAAGGAGAUGCACUAGACGAUUACGAAUCCUCCUCCUCGAUCAGUUCAGUCUCCUCGAUUGCGAGCAGAUCAGGCAGCAUCAGCAGUGUGUCAGAAGACCACCAUCACCACCUGAACCAUCAAAACCUCAGCAACAGCAGCAGCAGCAAUGCUUCAGCAGCAAAGCGACGUCGUCAGUCGUCGAACAACAACAACAACAACAGCGAUGAGACGGCCUACGAGAAGGGCUCUGGCUCUGGAGAUGAGGAUGACAGCUCCGAUGAGCUGAUUGACGUCGUCGACGACGACAAGCCGAUGAACCUGUGCACAAACAGCGCCGCCCAGGCGGCAGUGCAGUCCGCCUUUGGGGAGCAUUUUAUCUCCAAUCUGAUGGCGGCACGGGAGGCAGUGGCCGCCGCAGCCGCCUCUUCCGGUGCUGCUGGCAAUGCUGUUGCUGGUGGUGGUGGUCUGCCAUUGAGCCUCUCCGAACAGCAGCACCAGCUGUACCAGCACAUUCACCAGCAGUACAGCAGUGCAGUACUGCCCAAUGGCAACAACUUUAUCACACCACCCAACUCGCCAACCUUUAACCCGGCCACUGCGAGUCUGUACGGUCCGAAUGGAGCAGUGCCCAAUCCUUUUGCCGCUUCAUUUGCUGCCUCACGCCACUUUGCUGCCGCACAGAACAGCAAGGAUCUCACCGCCGAUCUGUCCAAUCCGCUGAUCAGCGGCAAGGAGGGACUCAAGCUGAUGGACGGUCUGUCGCCCUUUGAAGCGCUGGAGUUCUACCGUUUCCGACACAACCUCUCUGCUGGACAGCAGUCUGACAAUCAACAGCAGCACAGCCAUCCUCAUCAUCCUCUGACUCAGCACCACCAGCACUCUUCCCCGCCGUCUGGUCAUCAGCAGGACUCUCUGAUGCGCUUCUUUCAAAACUUUCCCUCGUCGAUCACUAGUCCUCGAAGUGCCGGUAACGGUCUUCUCAAUGGCCACGACGUCAUCUCCUCUUUUGCCGGACUGUCGGCGGCUGCUGUGGCGGCUGCAGCAGGAGUUGGCGGCAGCAAAAUGGGCGGCGGCUCUGGUCACCACCAUUCAAAGGGGCAUGGAUCACUCUUCUCCUCCAGCGGUGGAUCCUCCAAUGGAGGUGGUGGUGGCAGUGGCAGCAGCACCGGCUCCUCUUCAGGCGGGGGCGGCAGUGGUAGUGGUGGCAAUGAGCGCACCUUUGAGUGCAAGCAGUGUGGCAAGCAGUUCAAACGAUCCUCGACGCUCUCCACGCACAUGCUGAUCCACUCGGAUACACGACCAUUUCCCUGCGCCUACUGUGGCAAACGAUUUCACCAAAAGUCGGACAUGAAAAAGCACACGUACAUUCACACUGGUGAAAAGCCGCACAAGUGCACCGUUUGUGGAAAGGCCUUCUCUCAGUCGUCCAAUUUGAUCACGCACGCUCGCAAGCACACCGGCUACAAGCCCUUCGUCUGUGACCUCUGUCCGCGGGCCUUUCAGCGCAAGGUGGACCUCCGCCGACACCGAGAUGCACAGCACAUUAUCGCCCAAGGUACCGGCGGCAAUCCUGGUGGCCCUGGGGGACCAAAUACGGUCAAUGGCGUCAACGGCAUCAGCGGCAGUGGUGGCCACCACCUGGUGCCGCCCUCACCGCCGGUGAUGAACAGUCACAGUCACCACAAUCAACUGCGGGUGAUGGCCAAUGGACUGGGCCCUACCUCACCGGCACUUCUCGGCUCCCUAGCCGCCUCACUUUCCGUGGUCACCAGUCAGCCGAUGGUCAUGUAA